AUGCCUGGCCCUCUGUUCAAACGAUUCGCGCCGCCUGCGCCUGCGCCCCAAAAGCAGCCUUCGCCCGCUGAGGUACACACCGAGGGCGCAGAAGCCUCCAGUCCUGUUCAUACCGCUACCGAGCCUGUCGCCUCUUCGAUUUCUACCCAUAUAGAAGAGAAUUCUACAGAAGAUACCCCAAAGUCUAUCAAGAAACCUAAAAAGAGGAAGCGCGACGCCGACAACGCAAACGACGAGAACGAUGAAGUUUCGAAGAAGCACAAGAACAUUCUUUCCAAGUUCGAAAAGGCCUCGAAGCUAGCCGAGGCAAAGAGCCAGCAAAAUGAAGACAACGAGAUGCCAAAAGACGAGGAGCAAGAGGAGCUCCACGAUCUGGAGCCCAUGCCACAGCCGGCACCCGUUCCCGAGCCUAUAUACGAGCCCACCUUCUCUACCCUACCCACAUGGCUCGCCCAGCCAACCACGGUCGAGGCGUCCAAGACAGUCCCAUUUGCGGAGCUAGGCGUUGAUCCGAUAUAUGUGAAGAAACUAGAAAAGCAAGGCUUCAAGGACGCUUUGGCCGUGCAAACUGCAUUGCUGCCAAUGCUACACCCUGGCUUUGACCAGCAUCUCGGCGACAUAUGUGUCUCGGCAAAAACAGGAUCCGGCAAGACGUUGGCCUACCUACUGCCUAUUAUUGAAGCACUCCGUGACCGAGCUGUGCCCAUACUCUCCGCGAUCAUAGUCGUUCCAAGCCGACAGCUGGUCAACCAGGCUCUCCAGGUCGCCGAGGAGCUAUGCGCUGGCACAAGGGUCAAAGUAGGAACGGCAUUGGGCAAUGUAGCAUUCGCUACCGAGCAGAAGCAACUCGUCAAGAUGAGGGCGCAGUAUGACCCAAAGAGGGCGGAAGAGCUGAAGGAAAAGGCAUCACAGCAGCACCAGACAGGUUUUAUGAAAGGAAGAGGAAUAUACGACGAUUUGAGGAGCAUGCCUCUGGGCCAUGUCCCGCAGUACGACUCGGGCGUAGACAUUCUCAUAUGUACACCAGGUCGACUUGUCGAGCACAUUGAACAUACGACAGGUUUUCUGCUCAAUGCCGUCAGAUGGCUUGUCAUUGACGAAGCUGACCAGCUGUUGAACCAAGAUUUCCAGGGCUGGGCCAACGUGCUAAUGGACGCCAUCCACGGUGAAACUCCAACUGAGUUUAUGAAUGCUCGCGAACGAAUUGGUACACGGGAACGCGAUGCCAACUCUACUUGGUCGGUGGCAUUACCAGCACGAAGACAGCUUACGAAAGUAGUGCUUUCGGCGACCAUGGAGAAGGAUCUCACCAAACUCGGCACUUUGAGACUAAAGCGCCCAAAGCUGGUUGUUGUACAAGACGCGAGCGUGGAGCAGCAACCACUCGAAAAUGAAGACAACGCUUUCGAGCUGCCGUCACGACUCGACGAGUUUGCCGUGCACGUAGGCGAUGGCUCCAACAAGCCUUUGCACCUAGUGUACGUGCUACUCAACUAUGUCUUCACCGAAAAGCAGCAAGAAGCAGACUCGUCCUCGGAUUCAUCCUCGUCAGACUCGUCUUCAGAUUCAUCGUCAGACCCUGACUCUGACUCGGACUCCGGCAACGCCAACCAAGCAUCAGUCUCGCAACAACCAGGCCGCGUUUUGAUCUUUACAAAGAGCACCGAGAGCGCAUCUCGACUAUCGCAUCUGCUAAGCGUUCUCAUGCCCACCUUCAAGCACCACAUGAAAACAAUGACCCGCGCGCUAACAGCAGACGCAUCCCGCAAACUGCUCAAAGCCUUCAGCUCCGGCGCAAUCAAAAUCCUGAUUGCCUCGGACGCCGCGUCUCGCGGCCUGGACAUCCCAGACAUCACACACGUCAUCAACUACGACUUGCCCACGAGCAUCACGAGCUACGUCCACCGCGUGGGCCGUACCGCCCGCGCGGGGAAACCUGGAAACGCCUGGACCCUGUUUACCCGCACAGAGGCAGCUUGGUUCCUCAAGCAGGUCGCCAAGGGCGACGCUAUCAAGCGCGGAAAUAAGAGGGUUAGGCGCAUGGAGUGGAAGGAGAGUACCGUUACGGCGGACGGAAAGAAGAAGGCGUAUCGUGCUGCGCUGAAGCAGUUGGAGAGUGCUGUUACGGGUAAUAGCGAGACGGGAUAGUUGGAGUUGUCAAUGC